AAAAGACAUCUAAGCUCUCACCUUACCCUCUAUUAGUGUUGCAAAAACAUAGAAAACCCAAGAACCAGGAUUUUCUUCUCAUAAUCAGUCAUAGCAAGAAAAGCAACACUGGAAACAGAUGUCUCCAAUUCCAAAGCAGUUUUUAGGUGAUCUCAGAAGCAAGCCACUUUCACUUGAUCUUGAAAUUUGAGAGGACAAGGUAGGAUCACUGGAUAAAGGAAAUGGUUUGUGGAUUCAAUCUCAAACUUCACAUCAUCCCAUCAGUUCCCCCAUUUUGCCACCACCAAACUCUGUCUCUCUCUCAAAGGCUCCAAAGAUAAAAUAAAUCUUUUACAGCAAGCUCUGAAAUAGAUCUUAAUCUGAUUAUUCUGGUGGUUCAUUGAUGCACCUGUUUGGUUAAAUCAUGAAACCAAAAUUUGAUCUUGAAUUGGAGGCCUAUGCAGAAUAUGAAUCUGAAGUUAGCAGCCAGGUUGCUUCCAAUGUAUCAAUUCAAGAAACUUCUGCAGGUCCUUGUAGUAACAGCCUCACUAACUCUUCCAACCUCACAAACCCAAUAGGGAUUCAUCCAAAUUUAGAUGCUAUUUCACUUGACUUAACUCUCAACUUCAAGAAUAAUGAGUUUGGGACAAGAGAUUCAAUAGGAUUCUCAUUCUCAAGCACUAGUGAGAGCAGCAAUGAACCUGCCUCUCAAACUACAGCAGCAACCAUUCCUCGAGUUUUCCCUUGCAAUUACUGUCAACGCAAAUUUUUAAGCUCUCAGGCUCUUGGUGGACACCAGAAUGCACACAAGAGGGAAAGAACAUUAGCAAAAAGGGCAAUGCGAAUGGGUUUUUUUACUGAGAGGUAUGCUAGUCUUGCAUCUCUUCCUCUGCAUGGUUCUUACAGGACCUUAGGGAUAAAGGCACACUCUUCAAUGCACCAUGUUUUCCCACCAACAAUGAGGCCUCCCGAGAUAAAAAGCAAUGCAAGAUUUGAGCAAGAAUAUCCUGGCCUUCCAAUAUUCUUGGAGGAUGAUGAGUCAGAUUUGUUGUGGCCUGGUAGUUUCCGUCAGGUUGCAGAGGCAGGUGAUAGUCAUCAGAAUUUCAUACUAACUGCAAGUACAGACUUGAGUUUUAGUGAGGUAAAUCCACCAGUAGACAUAAAGAACUCAACACCAGAUUUGACAUUGAAACUCUGAAGGAGGUUAUUUGGUAUAAUAUCUGGCCUUGAGUUGUAUGCUCUAUUUUUAUAUUCUUGUAAAAUAAGACAUGCAUGCAAGGGGCCAUGAUAGCUAGAUUGAUUACUAUCCUUGGAUUUCCUUUUACUUUC